GGCCCUGGCUAGAGAGAGCUAGAGGCCCCUCCAGAUGCCAGCAGACAGCACGCAAGACGCGGAUGCUAUGCUCUCCUACGGGAUGAAACUCACGUGGGACAUCAAUGACCCGCAGAUGCCUCAGGAACCAACCCACUUUGACCACUUCCGGGAGUGGCCCGAUGGGUAUGUGCGCUUCAUCUACAGCAGCCAGGAGAAGAAGGCUCAGCGCCACCUGAGUGGCUGGGCCAUGCGCAACACCAACAACCACAAUGGCCACAUCCUCAAGAAGUCCUGCCUGGGCGUGGUGGUGUGCGCACGCGCUUGCGCCCUGAAGGAUGGCUCGCACCUGCAGCUGAGGCCAGCCAUCUGUGACAAGGCCCGGCUGAAGCAACAAAAGAAAGCUUGCCCCAACUGUCAUUCGCCUUUGGAGCUGGUUCCUUGCCGAGGGCACAGCGGAUACCCUGUCACCAACUUCUGGAGACUUGAUGGCAAUGCAAUUUUUUUUCAGGCCAAAGGAGUUCAUGAUCACCCCAGACCAGAGAGUAAGUCAGAGACAGAAGGCAGAAGAAGUGCCCUCAAGAGACAGAUGGCUUCUUUCUACCAACCCCAGAAAAGGAGAUCAGGGGAGCCUGAGGCAAGAAGCACUCAGGACAUCAGGGGACAUCUCAAUGGCACGGCUGCCCUGGAACCCACAGAACUAUUUGAUAUGACUGCUGAUACCAGCUUCCCUAUGCCAGGGCAGCCCUCCCCUUCGUUCCCAAACUCUGAUGCCCACAGAGUUACCUGUGACCUGCCCACCUUUCAAGGAGAUAUAAUACUGCCCUUUCAGAAAUAUCCAAAUCCAAGCGUUUAUUUCCCCGGGCCACCUUGGGGCUAUGAAUUGGCAAGUUCUGGGGUUACAGGUUCGAGUCCAUAUUCCACCCUGUAUAAAGAUUCCUCCGUGGUCCCUGAUGACCCAGAUUGGAUCCAUCUAAACUCACUACAGUAUAAUGUCAGUUCCUAUGGCAGCUAUGAGAGAACCUUGGAUUUCACAACUAGGUAUCAUAGCUGGAAACCAACACAUGGGAAGCCCGGCCUUGAGGAGAAGGUUGACUGUGAGCAAUGCCAGGCUGUACCCACAUCACCUUAUUACAACCUAGAGCUGCCCUGCAGGUACCUGCCAGUGCCAGCAGCGGGUACCCAGGCUCUGCAGACAGUAAUCACCACCACAGUGGCUUACCAGGCUUACCAGCACCCCGCUCUGAAACACGGUGACAGCAUGCAGGAGGUUAGCAGCCUUGCCAGCUGCACCUAUGCCUCGGAAAACCUCCCAAUGCCCAUCUAUCCACCAGCCUUAGACCCUCAAGAGGGAGUCAUUCAGGCAGCCUCUCCUUCAGGGAGAGCCUCUCUGAAAGUCCCUGGAGACUGCCAGGCCCCCAGACACACUCUGGAUUUUCCUCAAGAAGCAGAUUCCUCCGGGACAGAUGGAGCAGAUGUGUGGGAUGUGUGUCUGUCUGGAGUGGGCUCUGUGAUGGGUUACUUAGAUAGGACAGGGCAGCCCUUUAGCUUUGACAAUGAGGGCUUUUAGGAGAAAAAGGAUACACACACCGUGACAAGGAAGUACAUGCAUGAAAACGCACACCAAGGGUGCAUUUAUGUGAUUCAUACACACACACACACAAGACUAGAGUGAGUGUAAAGGCAUGCUGGGAAAUUAUAAGUUAGGAAUGAUAGCUGCUAGAAGUUAGCACAGCAUUUUGCAACCUGCCACACCACAUAGGCUAUUCACCAGAUGAACAAAUAAAAAACAAGCUGGAGGAGUCUGCAAUAUCCUGGUUUGACCUUCCUUAGCUUACAGCUAAGAACCCUAUUCUCGCUCUUAACCUUUGCCUUUUAGAGUUUUAGGGAACUUCACACAACCAUGAACAGCAUCAAGAGGCUGUUUAAGUAGCACCAGUGUGGAAACCUGGAGAGAAAUGUAUGAAACAUAGAAAGUGUUUUAGUGCCCUGCAAGCUUUUCCAUACAUCAGCUGAAAAAUCUGUAAACCAAGAAGAACCCUCCAUAACUUGGGUGCUAUGAUGUCUGUGAACUGAAACUCAGAGGUGGGAAAGGGAGGGGGGAGCCUCGCCUCACCUAUUUUAAAGAUUCCUCAGUGAUGACUGACUGGCAAGACCUUCUGUGCUGUUGAGAGCUGGAAUGUUGCAGGUCUGAGGCCAGAGCUGUGACUUUAACCCCUUAAUAGCCAUGUAUCACCAAUUAAGUGAAUCCCUUUGGGGUGUACAAACCAACCCCAAGUUUCCACUUCCUCCAAAGGCUAAAAAUGUCAUCAAGUAGCCUCUUAGGCCCAUAAAAAUCUUUUUCUGCCUUACUAUAUAUAACCUGCCUACCUGGCAUUUUCCACAGAUGAAUUUUUCAAUUCUUUGAUUUUUGAGUGCCUUUGUUCUGAUACUAUAAAAACUCUAUGAAACUGCUCCCACCAUGUUUGAACAUGUUAUUGGGGGCAACCCAAACUCAUGUGACUAUUCCGUGUUCACCUAAUGUUUAGAUCCGUAAUAAAUUAUCUUUCAUUUCCUUUGAGAUAAGAGCUAUGGUUUUGUGUCAUCACAGCUCAGAAAUCCCAGUACUCUGAGGGCUGAGGCAGGGGGAUUAGCCUAUGGCACUUACUGUAGAUGGCUUUUCAACUAUCAGUUUCUACCAGACAGUUUCUGUGUUUCAGGAGUCACUGAGAACAGAAACUCAGACCUGUAACUUGCUGGUUAAGACAGAAGUCAGUAUAUAAACACUUUAAAACUGUCACCAAUUUAGACACAAGUCAACUAGCCUAGCCUUACUGGUUUCUAUGCUGACAAAACUGAACUUAAUCUAUUUUAAUAAAAAAAAAAGAAUUGGUGUGUUCUAUGG